GCAGCAGCAGCGUUAGUGUGAAAGCUCAUCAGUUUUUCUGCUGGAACACACGAUCCAAACACAGCAGUCUUUCUCUUCUACUGUUAAACUGUCUCACUGCUUCACUUCUGUUCCUACAGGAAACAGCCGCUUCAUGGAGCCUUGGAGUCCGGAGACACUUUUUUUCCCCAGGUGAACGUGAACGCAGCCUUACGAGACUUUAUUCUUUACGCGGAUUUAAUGGUUUUUUAGAAGUGGAACGUCAGUUCUUUGGGGAGAAUAAACAACAACCUGGUCUUUUUCAUUUGAUUAUUUUGAAAGAGAAGAAAGGAAACAUGGAAUACUGUCAUCUGUGAUGCGGGAUGAGGAGACUUGGAAGUGAAGGACCAUGUAGUUGAAGGUAAUGAGCCGGUGCUGCAGACACCACAGAAACAUCGCAGACUUUCCACUCGGGCUCAUCUUCUGUAAAUCUGUGAGUAGCAUCACUUCCUCAGCGUGUGUGCAGCCAGCGUCCCUCACAGAUGCAUGUGGGGCUUUUUGGCCUCCACUGUUGCCCGUGCAGACGUUUGGAAGCAUCAGUGUAGCUGUUGCUGAGAAACCCACCAAAAGGCCCAGGAUGCCAGGAUGCCCAUCACUCAGGACAACGCCCUCAGCAUCCUCCCUCUGCUGGAGGACUGGCAGGGGGAGCAGAGCACCAGAUCACAGCAGGAGCACCACCUGAGUCAGGACACGCCGGGCCACAAGCCUGAGGAUCACAACGCUGUGAGCAGCAGCAGCAGCAGCAGCAGCAGCAGCAGCGUUAACACGCUCAGUGUGUGUCUGGCUGCCGUUCACAAGCUGGUGGAGUACAUUCACUUCAACUUCAUGGAGGAUGAAGCAGUGCCGUCAGUCAGUCCAUCAACCAGCCCCUCCUCCUGCAGGGGGGAGGGGUUAGACGUGGAGGUCCACGCCCUCUCCCUCACCAAAGAUGACGGGGACACGCCCGAGUUUGGCCUCAGCUUUGGGAAUAUCCCCAUUUUCGGGGACCCUGACGGGAGAAAGAAGGGCGGUCCGAGGAGGAGGCGGGACCAGGGGCCCGUCCUGGACGUGGGCUGCAUCUGGGUGACUGAGGUGAAGAAGAAGAGCCCAGCUGCUCGCUGUGGGAGGAUCAAACUGAGGGACGAGGUGCUGUCACUGAACGGACAGCUGAUGGUGGGAGUGGACGUCAGUGGAGCCAGUUACCUGGCUGACCAGUGCUGGACUGGAGGCUGUAUCUACAUGAUCUUGCUGCGACGCGUCAAGCGUCAGGCUCCUCUCGCUCCGUGUGACGUGAACGGUGACGUCAGAGUCGCUGUGUGCAGUGACGGCUGUGACGCAUCCGCGUCCGGGCCCCGCGACGCACCAACAAACGGCAAACGCACCCGCAAGUUCGGCGUCAUAUCCCGGUCGUCGUUCACCCGAGACAACAGGGACAGCACAGACUCAGAACUCCAGAACUGCUGCAAUGGUUUCAGCUCGUCUCUUCCCGCUGAUCCCAGCGACGACUCCGGUUUCAUUCCCUCCUCUCACGCGUCCACAGAGGAGAACUUUGUCCAGAUGAGGCCGGCGGCGCCGCAUCUGCACGGUCGAGGCGCCGCCACGCUGCCAGCGCGCUGUCACAGCGAGCUGCUGGACUUCAACAUGGAUUCAUUCAGCAGUGAACCCUCGAGCCAGCCCAGAGCAGGAAGCCACAUCUGGAAGAUGCAUAUGGUGAAAGGUCAGGAAGGGUUGGGCAUACAAAUCACAGGGGGGCGUGGCUCCAAACGUUCUCCCCACGGCAUCGUAAUAGCGCAUAUAGAAGAGGGCGGAGCCAUUCACAGGGAUGGUCGUCUCCACGCUGGUGAUGAGUUGCUGAUGAUCAAUGGUCAGUCUCUGGUUGGUCUCACUCAUCAGGACGCCGUCGCUGUCCUCCGCUCCACAACUGGUCUGGUGCAGCUGGUGGUGGCCAGCAGUGAGGAGUCAGAUGUGGGAUUAGAGAGCUUCCCCUCCACCAGUCUGCCUGACCUGGUGAGCACCUGCAGCUCGUCGUCCUCCCUGUGUCAGACGUCCAUCAGCAGCAUGAGUCUCUACAGUCCGGUCCAGAAACUACAAGACCAGAGUCUGGGGGAGGCGUCCAGAGGAUCCUGCAACAACACACCACUUAUGAAGCUCUGCAGCAGAUCCCAGGCAGGGAGCAGUCGCCUGGAGUCGGUGGGCGAGGAUGACGAGCUGUUUGUGGAGAACGGUGUGAGUGGCUGUGAAGUGACGGAGAAACCUGCUCCUGCUCGACGUAAACACUCACUACCUCAACAACUAGAUACUGCUGGAGUGAGACAGGAUUAUCCCAUCAUUAAGAAAUCCGCCCGCUCCCUGAGCACCGUUCAAGUGGAGUCACCAUGGCGACUGGCGCAGCCAUCUAUUAUCUCCAGUAUCGUGCUGAUGAAAGGCCAGGGCAAGGGUCUGGGAUUCAGUAUUGUUGGAGGUCAGGACUCAGCACGUGGUCAGAUGGGGAUUUUUGUCAAAACCAUCUUCCCUCAUGGAGCUGCAGCAGCUGAUGGACGACUGAAAGAAGGAGACGAGAUUCUGGAGGUGAACGGAGAAUCUCUUCAAGGACUCACACACCAACAAGCCAUCCAGACCUUUAAGCAGCUGAAAAAGGGCGUGGUGACGCUGACGAUCCGAACGCGUCUGCGGAGUCCCAGCCUGACGCCGUGUCCCACCCCGACCCUCCUCAGCCGCUCCAGUUCUCCAAACUCCAACACCAGCGGAGGAACACCGGUCCCCUCAGGGUUUGAAGAGGCAGAUGGACGUAAGGGUCCUGGUCCUGGUCCCAAAGACUGCAUCAUCAUGGAGGUCACACUUCACAAAGAGCCUGGUGUUGGUUUGGGGAUUGGAGUUUGCUGUCUGACUCUGGAGAACUCUGCUCCGGGCAUCUACAUCCACAGCCUGGCUCUGGGAUCUGUGGCCAAGAUGGACAGCAGACUCAGUCGUGGAGAUCAGAUUCUGGAGGUGGACUCGGUCAGUCUCCGUCAUGCUGCUCUCAGUGAGGCUUAUGCCAUCCUCAGUGAAUGUGGACCAGGACCCGUCAGUCUCAUUAUAAGCAGACACCCGAACCCUAAAGUGUCAGAACAGGAGAUGGAUCACAUGAUCGCUCGAUCCACACACCGGGACAAAAGCAGCAGGAGCAGAAACUCGUCACAAGGUCUGUCCUGUAAGAGUCCCUGUCCGUCCAUAAAGGACAGACAGGGAAGCGUGUCUCCUGCUCUCAGCUGGACCAUGAAGAGGUUCCUGGAGCCUGCCAGCAGACAGGGAUCCCUGAGCUCAGAGGCGGAGUUGUCUCAGUACUUCUCCCAGGACACGUCCAGCCACUCCUUCAUGUCCGACUCCAUGCUGAGUGACAGCGUGGAGGUUCUCCCUCAGCAGAGCAGCCGGACGCCCGUGGAAGACAACGCCACACACACACAUGCACUCGGCUCCUCCCACGACAGCACGCCGCUCCCUGUCAAUCACCACAGACAGGAGGCGUGUCAGCCCGUCAUUGUGACCUCCAGCCCCGCGUCGGUGCGCAGCCCGCUGCUGCGUCAGCGGCGGGUGACGUGCUUCGACGAUGAGCUCAGUGAUGAUGAUGAAGAGUCAGACAACACUGGGAACACGACACGCUCGACUGAGGCUCAAAGAUCUCACACCAAACCCCAUCCAGUGGCUGCUGUCCUCACAUCCACGACAUCAUCGUUAGACGUGGAUGGAGAGAGUGAAGACGGUGUGGAUUUACAGAGGUGUGGAAGCCGUGAUGUGUCCACGCCUCCCUGUGGCAGCUCCUCACAGUGUGAGGGAGGUGUCAACGAUAAGUCGCCUGGUUCUGAGUCACCGCUCAUGUCCGUCCGCUGCCCGUUAGAAGACAAAGACAAGGCCAGGGUGGCGGUGGGGGCGGGCUCCGUGUCUAAUAAUCUGACCGUUGUUAAUGACAACCAGACGAAGCAGGAUGACGGACAGUUGGAGUCAAAGCGCUCGCCCAAGCUCGAGCACAAAGCAGUGACGCGGGUCAAAAGUAUGAUGAGCAUCGAAGCACCAAACCUGUCCCAGCAGCAGAAGUCCAAAGAUGAUCCUUCUCUGUCCCCGCCCCCGGCUCCGCCCUCACAGUGUGGCAGAAUCCCUGCGACCCAUCAGCUCUGUAAGAAGGGCGACGUCAGUGAGCUCGCGGGCGUCUGCGCCAUCGACGCCGUGAUUCUGACGAGAAGAGCGGGCGAGUCGUUCGGACUGGACCUGGAGAUCAUGUCGUCUCCUCUGAGAGUCGUCAUCACUGGGUUAAAGGCUGGUGCAGCAGAGAGGGUAUCUCCAGCUGUGCUGUGUCCUGGAGAUGAAAUAGUAAAGAUUGGAGAGCUGCUGGUGUGUUCUUCGAGCUACCAGGAGAUCUGUGAGCUGAUGCACAGCCUUCCCACCACUCUGUCUCUGGAGGUCAAGAGACCCGUGUCAGCUGUCGACCAUCUCUCCAGUUUGAUGAUGUCAUCAGUCAGCAGUGAUGAAGUGUCCAGACUGAACGCAGCCAGAUGUGCAGCAGGGAACUGUGGGACACUUUCAGAGAAUCCCAACCACAGAACCCCAACAGGCCACGACUGUGGAACGCCAGUCACUGACAUAGAUGACAUUUUCCUUGAAGUGAAGCUCUGCGAUGAUAGAAGCCACUCACACACGAAGCCUUCACACGAAACAUCGUCCCACUGUGUCGUCCAACGUCCUGUCCCCGUGUCUGAGGAAGACCGACAAUCCCGUAUCCUGGACAACUCUGCUGUGGAUGAAAGACAUGAGGAAUGUUCCCUUGUUCCCGUGGAGACGACGCAUGUGAACCAACCACAGGAAAAUACUGUGUGUAAAAGCAUGUACCCCAGAGGAGAUGACUGUGAUUCCAACAGUGACAGCUCUCAGACCAACAUGACGGUCAACUGUCGUCUUCAUGAGUCGUCCUCAGAGGACGAGGACGUGGAGAUUUGUUCUCGCGAUGCACAGAAACCUGCUGCUGCUGCUGCUGCUGCUGCUGCUGCUCCACGGUCUGAUUUAAACCUGACGCUAAACACAGCUUCACCUUUUCAGCACGUCAGCUGUCUGGACACAAACACUGACCUGACCUCUGAUCUGACCUCGGGUCUGACCUCUGAUCUGACCUCAGGUCUGACCUCUGAUCUGACCUCUGACCUGACCUUGAAAAACAGAGAAAACUCUGUGACGUCAGGCUCCUCCUCUACAGAAGCUCCAGUCCACUCUGCAGACAGUCCACCACCCGUGUCCCAAAAUACCACGACCACUGAAUCAUGUGACAAAGUUAAAGAGUACAAUAUUUACAGCAGGCCCUCCUCACCAGAUACACACUCUGUGACACGCAGUGAGACACACUCUGUGACACACUGUGUGUCACGCAGUGAGACACACUGUGCGUCACACAGUGAGACACACAGUGUGACACAGAGCCUCUCUGCAGAUACGUCUCUGUCGUCAGAAACGAGUCCCUGGCCUUCAGCAGAGACCUCCUGGUCCAGCAUCAGCAGGUCAGAUACCAGACCCUCAGCGUCCGUGACUUCCAGAGAAAAGACUUUGGACUGUGACACUAACAUAAACUCGUCCCUCAUGAAGAGCUCCAGCUCAGAAGAGCCUGAGAAUCCAGACUGUGGUGUGAGAGCGGACUCAGAUGAUCCCAAACUGAAAAGCUUGAGUAUAAAGAGUAAGAACAAACCACAGGAAGAGUUUGUCCUAAAACCUUUAAAUGACGAUGUUUCCCUGAGCCAGGCAUCAGUGUCACACAUGUCCAGUAUCCAGACUGAUGUGAUCAAUGAAAGACCAGAUCCACCCGAGCACUGUGCAGUGGCCAGAGGACAACCUUCCACUCAGAGGACAUUUAUAGAGGUUCAGCUGUCCUCCUCACCCUCAGCAGUCCUGCCACUCUAUGAAUCAGUGAAUUUAGACUCCGCUCCGAAACGAGCCCCUGUGCCGUCUCCUGACCUGUCCAGUGAAGAAAGAACAGAUACUUUGGUCUCUGAUGCACUUUGUCCUUCUGAAGAAUCAAAUUCAACCACCAGUCACUGCUCAAGUCCUUCAAAUCCUGGUUCUAAUGUCAGUGAAAGGCCAAAGAGCAGCUCGUCUCGACUGUAUGUGAAAGUAUCAGAGAGACAGAGCUUCUCCACAGACUGCAGUCCCUUCUCUGUCCGACAUAAAAUCAAAUCCUUUGAGAACUUGGCUCACUUUGACAAGCCUGUGGCUAAAAGCAGUGACAGUCAGUCGUAUGCACUGUCGUACAGAGCCUCCAUUAACCAGAGGAUCGCUGGUUACAUGGGUUCAGUUAACUCUGCUGGCUGCAGGACACGGCAGCGGAGUUUUACUUCUUACGCGGAGAAUCCAACCCCCGUCGCACUCUGCUCACCUCUUGUUGGUAAACCCUCCUCGAACCUGGAGCAGCCACACCGACACAGUCCUGCUGCGGAGCUUCCACAGACGCCUCCAGUGCUGCGGAGGAAACAUGGCAGACUUCCACGCAGCAGGCUGCAGCAGCUCAGAGCGCUCAGCAUGCCUGAACUGGAGAAGCUCUGCACCGAGGACUUCAGCAGCAGCAGCAGCAGCAGCAGCAGCAGCAGCAGCCGCAGCGCAGCUGCACAGAAGACACACACGGAGAUCCGUCCUGCAGGAGAACCCACCAAAGACCCAGAGACGGAGAGUUUUCCACCCACAGUGGAGAUGAUGAGCCACGGUGAGCCAGGAUCCACUGAAGAGAGUCUGCAGAGAAGCCCCGAGGCCGGCUGGUCCAUCAGUUUAAAGGAGCUGCUCAGUUCUCCUGUGAGUCGGCAUGAGCUGCAAACCUCGCUGCCAUCUCUGACAGCGAGGCUAAUGGUGAAGACGAUGAUUCAGGAGACCGAGGAAGAGUCCUUCUCUGAGGUGACUGGAGACACUCGCCUUGUCGUCCUGUGUAAAGAGGAAGGGUCAGGACUGGGCUUUAGUGUUGCUGGUGGAGAUGACCUUGAGCAGAGGGCAGUAGUUGUUCAUCGGGUCUUCACUAAAGGUGCAGCAAGUCUGGAAGGAACAAUCCAGAGCGGGGACAGGCUCGUCUCCAUCAACGGUACAAGUGUGGAGGGUAAAACCCACGGAGAGGUCGUGUCCCUCCUUCAUCAAGCCAGACUGUCCAGUCCAGUCUUAGUGGUCAUUAGGAGAGACAAGGAUUCUGGAACGAGUGUCUCUGUCAGACAGGACUCAGUCAACCAUCUAAAGAAGAAGUCUUUGGAAGCUGGUGCAGCAGAUGUCGGUCCAGGUGGUGUUUUAACGGUGGAGCUUCAGAAGACCUCAGCAGGCCUGGGCUUCAGUGUGGAGGGAGACCGGCCUCUCCUGGUCAAACGUCUCUUCAAAGAAGGUGCUGCAGAGCUGUCAGAACUGAUCCAGGUUGGGGAUUAGGUCCUGUCUCUGCGAGGCCUCACGCACCAGGACCACUACUGAGGCCACAACGACCUCCUCAUCCAUGCAUGACAAGAAUCCCGGACCAUAGUGAUCAAGAAUAUGGAACAAUGUGAAACAGAGCAGCAGAAACAAAGACAAUAUGAGCACUUUUUAAAGUCUAUAGAUUGUGUUUUAUCUUGUCUGUGUUGUUCCUAUAACAGAGGUAAACGUGGAUGGACCACUAACAGUAGAUUUACUGUGAAUGAAACGUUUGGUUUUCAUUUGUGCUUUCUUAAAAUAAAAAGAACAAAGUCACCAUGUGAAAACAUUA